AACAAUGAUUCAAACACAAAUUUGAAAAGAAUGUCUGUCUAUGUUAUUUUGGUUCUAGUUUCAAACAAUAGGACUGGACAGACGCUUGUGAGAGAAACAGGUUGUAUUUCAGUUCUAUCACAGUUGUUCAAGACAGUUCUUUCAAAAUAUGAGUUGAAUUUGUCAGAUGGAAAUGUUUUCCAGAGUUAUCAGUUGUGGUCUUCAGUGUGUAGUACUCUGUGUGUCUGUGUCAACAAUCCUCAAAAUGAUGAAAAUCAAAUGCUUUGCUCUUCACUUUUUCCACAUGCUAAUGACUGGCUAAUAAAUUGCAUGAAACCUGAGAUAAUUCGCCCUAUUUGCUCAUUUAUUGGACUCACUCUUGCAAAUAACACAUAUGUGCAGAAAUACUUUAUAUCUGUGGGUGGACUGGAUGUAUUGUCUCAAGUUCUUGUGCAGUUGGAAUCUGAUUCACACGAGACUCUUUCCAGUGCUAAGCUUGCAGUGGUGGUGACAAAGACAGUGGAUGCAUGUAUUGCUGAUAAUCCUACUUUUGGGGUAGUACUAUCCAAGUACCACAUUGUUUCAAAACUUCUGGCAUUACUGCUUCAUGAAAGUCUGGAUUCAGGAGAAAAAUUUAGUAUCAUACUUACUGUUGGUCAUUGUACAGAGGAUUGUGAGGAAAAUCAGUAUGACCUUUUUAAAAGCAAUGGGCUUCCACUCAUGAUACAAGUCUUAACUGAAUCUCAGAACGAGGAACUAAACAAAGCUGCCACUUUUGUGCUUCACAACUGCAAAAAAAUUACUGAGAAAUUAUCUCUAAGUCUAGGAGAAUAUUCUUUUGAUGAAAAUGAAGAACAAUUAAAGGAUGUAAAUAUGAAAGAGAAGAAUCUUGAAGAUUACUGGAAGAAAGCGAAGGAAAUUCUACACAGAAUAGAACAGCUUGAAAGAGAAGGAAAUGAGGAAAGAGUACAAAGAGAAAAAUAUAAGGAUUAUGUUUCAUCUAUGAACAUAAAUAUUCAAAAUACAUUGAAACACCUCCACGCAGAUAGCAGUGGCGGAGGUCCCAAAGCAGAAGAUAAGGAUAAAAGCCAGUCUACAAAGCUUCAGAGUUAUAAGUCCCAUGAAGUCAUGUCUAAAGCAUGUACAAAUGAUGAUCAAAUGAAGACCCUGUUAAAGAGUGCAAAUCCAGUUAAUGCUUGUUAUAGGGAGAGUGGGCAAAAUAAGACUUUAUGUAAAGCCAAUUCAAGCUGCAAUCAAAACUUACGUGAAGAAACAACCUUUGAAAAAAAGAAUUUUGUUUCUCAAUCAAGCGACCAUAUUUUUAAACAUCCAACUCCUAUUGCCAAAAACACAAAGCAGCAGUUACCAGUAACAGAUCCAUUUACAUUAUGUUCAGAUAUAAUAAAUAAAGAAGUCAUUGGUUUUCUAGCAACAGACAAUUGUUCCAAAAUAUUGAAGUAUAGAUGCUCAGGUUGCAUAGCAGUAGGAAAAUCCCUGAAUAGCCGAAAUUUUAGCAAGCUCUUACACUCUUGCCCAUACCAAUGUGAUCGUCACAAAGUCAUUGUGGAAGCUGAAGACAGAUAUAAAAGUGGACUAAGGAAAUCACUUAUCUGUAACAAAAAAAUUCUGCUGACCCCACGUAGAAGACGACAACUCAAUAAUGAAUCUACUACCCCUGGAGGAAUAACAAGGACGGAAGGCUGUCGACCUUGCUCACAAAUACCACAAGCUGACCAAACGCCCCAAGUGUGUGGCUCCUUGACUGGAAGAAGACUUGUCAGUUUUUAGUUUGAUAUCUUAAAAUACAGUGUGUUGAAAAUAUAAAAUUUAAAAUAUUCUUAUAAACUCUUAUGAGACAGGAAA